GAAGGAUCUCCUGUUUCACAGAAAGGUAAGAUGGAUAAGAGAUACAUUACCAGCUGCUGUUGCUCUCUGUAUCUGUGCGCGGUUCUUGUUGUUCAGGUGAUUUUCUCGGCCUCUCUCUGCUCAUUGACUCAAGGUCAGUGUUUGAUCGGCCUAGCGGUCUGAGAGCUUUAGCUUUGCACUAUCAGAGCCGCUCACUGAUGGGGCGCCAGAAGGCGCCCAUCUAUCUGCACAGUGGCUGGUGGGCGCAGUUGCAACCGGACGGCCUGUACAUUCAAGCGCAUGAGCAGCAGGGUAUAGCUGUGCAGGACGGGCUGCUAGACGUUCGUGAGAUCUGCCUGUGUGUACUGUGGAUAGGGAAGAGCGUUGAUCGCGUUGUGCUGCGAGGUGAGUGAGAGAGAGAGUGACGUGACGGUGGUCUUAGGCGGUCGUGUGCGCGAAUCUGUGUGUGUCCUCGCACUACUCUACCUACACCAUCAACAGUUCACGACCCCAGGUAUUACCGGUGCGAUGACCAGCUUUCCCAUUCAUCCAUUCAUCCAAUCAUCCAAUCAUCCAUGCAUCUGUCUGUCUGAUUAUCAGGGGGUGCCAACGCUGCAAAUAUGGCACGAUGCGGGUCCCUCUAUACCGUGAAGAGGGAGGCAUCUUCCACCUCAGUGAAGAAGUCCCAGCUUCUCACGAGUGCUUCAUGUUCAAAAAGGGUGAGGUGCUUGUUGUGUCUUGGUUAGCCAGUCCUCGCCUAUAUGUCUGCGUGACUGUGUGUAUGCUUGUUUUCAGUGGAGCCGUCCACGUCCUGGCAGGUGACGGCGAUGUGCAAUAUGCUAUGUGUGUAAGUGAUAAAGGUGAGAUGCGUUGUGUCCAUUCAGAUAUGUCCCUACUGUGUCCAUGCGAGGGCGAUCUCAUACAGCAACUUCUCGGAGCAUGUGGCCAAGAUGCAUCCCGGGUUAGCAGAAAGGCACGGCAGUGAAAACAAGCAAGGCAGGAUCUUUCUCCUCUCGUCGCCAACAGGCAGGUAGCUGGGCGACGACAGCGGGAGAGACAGGUGCCUCUCAAUCACUCGUCAACCGGUACGUACGUACUGCCGAAAGUCUGACGUGACGCCCUCGCUGACUUGUUAGUCAGCUUUGUCCUUGGUCGUCGUUUAGACUCAUCGGCCGGCCAGCCCAUGAGCCUGCCGGGCAUGGGAUGGGAAGUCGACCACAACGGUGUGGCCGAACCGGAGCUUUUUGGUGCAUACUCACUGCAAGUGAGGUGGUGCACAGCACAGAUGGCCUGACAUUCGACGAUACCCCUGCCUGGUGCUGCUCAGGAGUGGGGCUUCGCCAGCGAAGUGCAAAUGCCAAUGUUGGCAUUUGGGGACUCGCUCAGUGCUCCGUCACAGCUGUCCAAGGGGCCAGCUGAUGGAGACGACGCUGUCCGGCCCAAGAGAGAAGCAUCUGAUGAAGCCGAGCUCGAGGCCGACCCGUCGGUUGAGGAGCUCUGGUAUGUGUGUAUGUGACACGCACACCCCUGCCAUUUACAUGCAGUGUAGUGUGCCCUUUCUUGCUUGCAGCUCGCUCUUCAAAGGCUUUAUGAGUCCAAUCGAGCAGCAGGCGUCUUCGUCGAAGCAGCACCGGACAGAAGGUCGUCCCCAUCCAAACUGGGAGAGUGACACGACCCGUUCGCGCACCGACAGUGACCACGAGUGCAUUCGUGUGAGGGUGACUUCAGAGCUCCGACACGGCAGCUGUUCAGUCGUGUUGCUUCGUACCUACGAUGAUUCACCGGUCCGUUCAUCCGUUGUCUUCUCUAUUCCGCUGGCAGUGCACUGCACUGACGGGGUGAUUCGUCGGCUGGGGCCCUGGUUAUUGUAUCAGAUCGAGCUGCAUAUCCGACCGGACGGCUCGCAAUCAAUCGAUGAAUUGGCAUUCACCGUGGCCAUGCAGGAGGGCAACGGCGUUUUUGCCGUCAAUAUCCAGCGAGUCGAUCUAAGUGAGUGGUGGACGGACAGACAGAGGGAGGGAGGGAGGGAGGAAGGAGGAUGGUCAGUCGAUGAUCUCUUUCUUUUGUGUGUUGCGUUCCGCGUGUGUAGGUGGUGCGGCGUGCGAGAAAGAUCCCACCAUUGAAAGCAUGGUCAAGUGCCAUCCAAAGGAACAACUCGACUAUGUCAUCUCCUUCAGGUGGGACUGCACGGAGAAAGAGCGAAUGGUGUCCGAUACCGUGUGUGUGUGUUUUGACUUGCAGGGAUUUGGCUUUGUAUCACCGUGAUGCACUCGUUUCCACCAACAAUGUGGGUGCCGGUGGAGUACACUCUGCAAUCAAUCGGAAGGGGAGGGAACGACAGAGAACAGCACUUUCUGUCUUUCAGGUGAGGAAGCGACCCGAUAAGCAUGAAUGGUGCAGCUAUCGGCGAAGUGUCCUCGGGGACUGUAUCGAGGUUGGUGAGCUUGAUGUGAAGGAGUGCCGCGUCGCACUGGCCUGUGGGGACACAACCUGGCGUUUCAACAAGAUGAACGCUGAGGUAUGUUUUGGCACUGAGGAGGGAGGGAGGGGGGGAGGGAGGGAGGGAGGAGGCAGCGAAGCGUUUUGACAUCGAAACAGGGAUGUUUGGUCAGUACAUUCAAAGCGACUUAGCAAUUGCCUCUCUCUGUUUGUUGUAUCUGCCUACCAUGAUCUGCACUUCUGCAGUACCUAGUUGGCAACCUGUAUGGCGCUGGAGCCCAGCUGUACUUGAAGCCCCCGCGGUCCCAUCACGGCGGCGUCGUCACAUGCCUGUCAUUCGAUAGGAAUUGUUCCUUUCAGCCUGGCGGCUCCUUCCAGCCUGGCGUUUUCCGGGUACAGUCGGUAGACUGGGAACUCGGGGACUGACUGACUGACUUGUUGUGUCUGGUGUAUCUGGUGUGUAUAUGCAGGUUGACGGGUGUGUGUCGUGGGCGAGAAGGAGCCAGCUGACGGUCCAGUCUGCUUCGAUGAAGCUUGUUUUCAGCAAAAACAUUUCUGUGUCGUCGCUCGAGGCGGGCACGGGCGUGCUAAUGCGCAAUCUGCUGGGCGAUUGAUAGAGACAUCAUCGGGGCUUUUCGUCCACGUUAUGUUCAUCGGCCUGUUUGUCUUUUGUCAUUUCCUGACUGCGUUUCACAUGAAUGACGCCCACGGGGACGACGAGGCGUGCAUUAAUUGCCCGGUUUGGUACGGUGUGUACAUAGCGGUGUGGUGAUCAUCGUGGGACGGUGCAUGAUGACAUUCGUCUUAUUUGCCCUCAAGUCUCUCCAG